AUGUCCGCGAGGUUUGAAUCGCGAUCGUUGAAACUUCGGAAGCUCCGCGAGACGAAGCCACUGCUGGUGGAGCAGGAGGAGGAGGAGGUGGACGAGGAUUGGGAGGAGGUUGAUGAGCAAGCGGUGGGGGGGAGAGGAGCUGCGGGCCGCGGUUGUGGAAGCUGCUGCGGUCGCAAAGACGAGGGAACACGGAGACGUGAGACGGAAGAUCGAGAGAAGUCGACCCGAGGUGGUCACGGGACGACGUUUCGCGGAGCAGGGAUCAUCCUGGCGCUGGUCUCUUCCCUCGCCGUCACCGUCAACUCGGUGUUGGUGAAGAGAAUCGAUUCCGUGCCUCCGUUGGAAAUCGCCUUCAUCAGAUUCUUCUUCCAGGCCGCCGUUAUCCUGCCCCUGCUCAUCCUCUACAGGCUGCUGCUGCUGCCGCUGCCACCUCCCGGCGGGAAGAGGCUGUCCAUGUCGCUGCUGCUGCUGCUGCGGGGACUGCUGGGCGCCGCGGGGAACAUCUGCGUGGUGGUCGCCGUGCGCUCCCUCCCGUUGAGCGACGCCACGGUGAUCACCUUCAGCAGGGCGGCGCUCACCGGCGGCAUUGCCAGAGGGGUGCUGGGGGAGCCGUGCAGCCCCUGGGACCCUCCCCUCGCCGCGCUCGCGUUCGCCGGGGUGACCCUGGCGGCGAGGCCACCCCUGCUCUUCGGCGGCGGCGGCGACGACGACGAUGGUGGUGAUGAUUGCAGGGGCGAUGAAGACGAAAGUGGUGGCCAAGGCGGAUUGGACGGCCCCACUGUGACCUUGCGCCUGCUGGGCUCCCUGGCCGCCCUCCUCAGCGCGCUCUGCUCGGCGGGCGCCUUCGUGUGCCUGCGCCUCCUGGGCGCCUCGGCGAGCCUCCUCACCUCCACCUGGGCCAUCUCCCUCGCGGGCAUGGCGCAGUCCCUGCUGCUCCUGCUGCUGGUGCCGCCGACGCUGCCCUCCCUCCCGUGCCUGCUGCCCUGCGACCCUCCCUGGGCCCGCGCUGCCCUCGUGCUCACGGGGCCCGUGGCCGCCCUGGGGCAGCUGUCGCUGGCGCGGGCCCUGCAGCUGGAGGGCGCCGGCCUCGUGGCGGCGAUCCGCACCUGCGACGUCCUCCUGGCCGUGGGGGCCCAGGCGGUGAUGUUGGACGAGGGACUCCCGGGGCCCCUGAGCUUCGUGGGCGCGGCGUGCGUGGCUCUGAGCGCGGCGGGGGCCGCCCUGGUGAAGAAGGGGCCCCGGGAGGCCGAGCGAAGGUCCGCGGGGCCCGAGGGAUCGGAGGCGGAGUCGGAUCGGGAGCGGCUUUUGACGGCGUCUUAG